AUGAAACAAUUAUCUGGAGCUCAAAAAAAGCAAAGAAAAAAAAAACAAGAAAAGAUUGCCAAAAGCUUAGAGUAUUCUUUGAACAGAUAUUUUGGUCCUGCAAAUUUAGUUCGUGGUCAACAAAAUAAUUUUGAUGCAAAUGAAGAAUUAUUAAAUAAUGAAGAUGCCAUAAAUGUUGAAUUUGUAGAAAAUGAAAAUGUUGUGAAUGUUGAAUUUGUUGAAAAUGAGAAUGCUGUGAAUGCGGAAUUAGUAGAAAAUGAGAAUGAUGUGAAUGAAAAUGAAGAAAAUAAACAUAUUGAUGAGAAUGAUGGGAAUGAAAAUGACCAUUUGAAAACAAGCUAUGUGUUAGACAUUUUUGACCCAAUAGUUUGGGAUGGUUUGGAUACAAAAAUGAAAGAUUUACUUGUUGAAAAGGGUCCCAAAAAAGAAUACGAUCUCAAGUUUCCUUUGGAUAAAGAAUCUAGACAUUUUUCAUAUACAUAUUAUGUGCAGAUGCUACCAAACGGUGAAACUCGGGAUAGAAAAUGGUUGGUUUACUCAAAGGAGUUAGAUAAAGUAUUUUGUUUUUGUUGCAAGUUGUUCAAAGUAAUGCACACUAGAAGUAAUUUAGCAAGCGAGGGGGUUAACGAUUGGAAACAUUUGGGUGAUAAGUUGAAACAACAUGAACAUAGUGUUGAACACCUUACUAAUUUGAGAGCUUGUGUUGAAUUAGAAAUGCGAUUAAAUAAAAAUAAGACAAUUGAUAAAGAUUUGCAAGAACAGAUUAGAAAAGACACAAAACAUUGGAAACAUGUAAUGUUGAGAAUAAUUGCCGUUGUUAAAUGUCUUGCUACACAUAAUUUGGCAUUUCGUGGUACACAUGAAAAAAUUUAUGAAGAUAGUAAUGGUAAUUUUUUAGGCAUGCUUGAAAUGAUUGCGGAUUUUGAUCCAAUAAUGCAAGAGCAUUUUCGCCUAAUUCGUAAUAAAAAGAUACAUUAUCACUAUCUCAGUCAUAAAAUUCAAGAUGAGUUGAUAUCUAUCUUAUCUUCUAAGGUGAAAACUGCAAUAAUUAGAAAGAUCAAAGAAGCAAAGUAUUUUUCAGUGAUUCUUGAUUGUACACCAGAUGCAAGUCAUAAAGAACAAAUGACUCUGAUAUUGAGAUGCGUAGUUGUCUCAUCUUCUCCAAUUACAAUAGAAGAGUACUUUUUAGAAUUUUUAAAUGUUGACGAUACAACGGGAUUAGGACUUUUUAAUGAAUUACAAGUUGUCUUACAAUCUUUAGGACUUGAUAUUGAUAAUGUGAGGGGGCAAGGGUACGAUAAUGGAUCUAAUAUGAAAGGUAAAAAUCAAGGUGUGCAAAGAAGAUUGCUUGAUAUUAAUCCUAGAGCAUUUUACAUGCCAUGUGGUUCUCAUUGUCUUAAUUUAGUUAUUUGUGAUAUGGCAAAUUCUUGUACUCGAGCAAAAUCAUUUUUUGGAGCAUGUCAAUGUAUAUAUAAUGUGUUUGCUAAUUCAACAAAGAGAUGGAAUGUUUUGCUUGAUUAUAUUGAUAAAUUAACUUUGAAAUCAUUGUCCAUGACAAGAUGGGAAAGUCAUAUUGAAUCUGUUAAGGCAAUAUUGUCCCAAGUCUCCCAAAUAAGAGAAGCUUUAUUUAAAUUAGCAGAAAUUAGUGAAGAUGCGAAAUUAAGUAGGGAUGCUUACACUUUGGCCUCCGGUGAACUUUCAAGUUUUGAGUUUAUUUUGAGCUUGGUUAUUUGGCAUGAUAUAUUGCAUAAAAUUAAUUUAGUUAGCAAAAAGUUACAAUCCGAGGAUAUGCGUCUUGAUAUUGCUAUAAAACAAUUAACUGGGCUUGUUUCUUUUUUUGAAAUGUAUAGAGAAAAUGGAUUUUCUUCUGCUAUGAUUGACGCUAAAAAAAUAGCAUCUCAAAUGGAAAUUGAACCAAUUUUUUUCGAGAAACGUAGAAUUGCUAGAAAGAGACAUUUUGAUGAGAUUUCUAAUACCGAAAGGGAAAAUCAAUCUGCGGAAGAAUCUUUUAGAAUUGAUUAUUUUCUUCUAGUAGUGGAUAUUGCUAUUGGUCAAUUGAGAAGCAGGUUUGAACAAAUGCAGUGUUUUGAAUCAAUAUUUGGUUUUUUAUUUGAUGUUGCAAAGUUGAUUUCAUUGGAUGGUAAUGAGUUGAUGAGUUCUUGUGUGAAUCUUGAAAAUGCUUUAAGACAUGGUGAGAGUUCCGAUAUUGAUGCAAAAUAUUUAUGCUCUGAACUAGAGGUGUUGCAAGUGAUGUUACCGAAUGAAGCAUGUGAUGCAAAUAAGCCAUGGACAUCUUUUCAAAUUUUAGAGUUUGUAAAAACAAUUGAUAUGUUUCCAAAUGCGAUGAUUGCUUAUAGAAUUUUGUUGACAAUACCCGUCACUGUGGCAUCAGCAGAGAGAAGCUUUUCAAAAUUAAAAUUAUUAAAAAAUUAUUUACGGACGACAAUGUCUCAAGAAAGGUUGAAUGGGUUAGCACUUUUAACUAUUGAAAAAGAUAUGUUGGAAAAUAUUGAGUACGACGAUAUCAUUGAUGACUUUGCCUCUAAAAGUGCAACUCGAAAACAUUUUCAAUGA